UAAAUAAAGAUGUUCUGAUCUCUAGAUUAGAUUUGUCAUACAACGAUCUGAAAGGUGUUGAUGGUAUCGAACCAAGUCCUCUUUCUAGACUGAGUGCACUACUGUACCUUGACCUCAGCAAUUGUUCUUUAGAUCGUCUUCAUAUAGAUUUUCUUCAUAACAAUAAAUUUCUUACUGAACUACGCCUCAGCAAAAAUCAAAUAGACUACAUUCCUACUACUGCUCUUUUUGAUACAAGAGCAAGUUUAGAAUUUUUGGAUUUGAGUGAGAAUCCCAUUAAAUCGGUUUCAUCACAUGCAUUUCAUGGACUUUAUGGAUUAAAAACAUUAGUGAUGAGCAGUAUGCCUACUCUAGAAGACAUUGAUGCUCUUGCUUUCCAUGAUCUUCACUCCCUAGAGACAUUAGACUGCAGGGAUAAUGAAAACCUCAAGCACUUUCAUCCUCAGGCCUUUAAGGAUAAUUUAUUCCAGGAUGUUUCAUUAAUGGAGUUACGAUAUCUCUAUAUCUCUGGAAAUUCCCUUUCUACAAUAUCUCAACAGCUAGUUGACUGGUCCAAGCUCUCUGAACUUCUUAUCGGAGGAAACGCAUUGGAAUGUGACUGCGAGCUGGCCUGGCUCUCCACAGGGGUUAACUCUACCUGGAUCAAUGACGUCACGUGUUCUGGACCACAGGAAUUGGCGGGAAAAUUGGUAUUAAAUGCUGCCUCAGAUAUGAAGUGUGAUCAAACAUUAGGAAUUGAGGUUCUGACUGUUCUAGCGGUAAUAGUGAUGGGGUUCACUCUCUUUAUAAUACUAGGAUAUAUAUUUGCUCGCAGACAAUGGCCUCAUCAUGUUCCUAAAAUUAACCUAUUUGGUGAGUCUGCUGUCCCCCAGUAUUUCCCUCUCAGCUGAACACUGUAAAUAUUGUACAAUGUACAUUUAUCACGAUUAAUAGAUCUUUUUUUAAAUCUAAAUAAAUACCUGCAAUAUUUUUCUA